AUGAAAUGGCUUUGCGGGGUCAUCGACAACGCGUUGUAUCCGGUUCUCUUCCUCGACUAUUUGAAGUCAGCAUUACCGGUUUUAUCUACUAGUUUCCCUAGAGUUGCCUUCAUCUUGAUCUUGACUCUAUUGCUUACUUACUUAAACUACAGAGGACUAACCAUUGUUGGUUGGACCACAGUUCUUAUGGGAGUCUUUUCGAUGCUUCCUUUCGCUGUAAUGAGUCUCAUAUCGAUCCAGAAACUCCAGCCUUCGAGGUGGCUUGUUAUGGAUAUAGGAGAUGAGAACUAG